CAAGAUGGCGGCCCUGUGGCGGCGGUUACUAAGCGACGCGGGAUUCAGGGGCGCUCUGGGGAGACUCCGGGCGACCAGGCAGUUUUCCUGCCUGGGCGGAGGGAGGCUCUUGGCCCGCUGCUGUUUGAAAGCUCCUCCCGGCCUCUUGCAGCGACCCCGAGAGAUUUGCUGGAGGCCUUGCCCAUCCAGAAGCUCCUCAGCUGCUGCUGCCAAAUCCACAGAAGACAACAUAUUAAAAUGGGGACUUCUCCUCAUCCCUACAGGUGCAUUUUGCCUUGGCAGUUGGCAGGUUCAGCGGCGGGAGUGGAAGCUGAAACUGAUUGCUGAUAUGGAAAGCAGGGUUUCUGCAGAGCCAAUUCCACUGCCAACAGACCUCUAUGAACUGAGUGAAUUGGAAUACAGGCCAGUUAAGGUCAGAGGUCAUUUUGACCAUACCAAAGAGCUGCAUGUACUCCCACGUUCCCCGGUGGAUCCUGAGAAAGAAGCCAGGAAUGCUGGCCGACUCAUGUCUAAUGUAGAGAGCGGAGCCCACAUCAUCACUCCCUUUUAUUGCACUGACCUUGGGAUAACGAUUCUAGUCAACAGAGGAUUUGUUUCCAGAAAGAAUCUGAAUCCAGAGACCAGAUUAAAGGGACAGAUCCAAGGGGAAGUUGAACUCACCGGAUUAGUAAGGCUGUCGGAACCUCACAGACCCUUUGUGCCAGAAAACAACGUUGAACGGAACAAUUGGUUUUACCGUGACGUGGAUGCCAUGGCAGGAGUCACAGGAGCAGAACCCAUUUUUAUUGAUGCGGACUACAAAAGCACAGUUCCAGGGGGGCCAAUUGGGGGCCAAACCAGAGUGACUUUACGAAAUGAGCACCUGCAGUAUAUCCUUACUUGGUACUGCCUGUGUGCUGCCACUGCCUUCUUGUGGUACAAGAAGUUUAUUCAGAAGGUGUCUUUCUGAGUCUUGCAACUAUGCUGCAAGAAGAGCUUGGCUGGGGUGCGCCUUCUAAAAGCAGCGAUCUGGCCCAGGCCAUUGAAGAAUGGAGGAAUUCAAAGAUUACGUGGGACUUCUUGGUGGACUUCAGCGAACCGUGCCCAUCUCAGGAGUUGAUGGAGACCAGGCAGAGCUGCUCUUUAAGCAAGGUGAUCGUCACGCAUUCGGAGAAGCGUUGCUGGGAUCAGAAGCCAGAAUUUAAAAUCUGAUCCUUAAGUAAUGGGGAGUCUUAAAGGAGGAAA